CCCAACUAUUCAGCGCGUUCGUUGAAUGUUAUGUCCGGAGUAAGGUUAGAGAACUCAGAUGUUUUUGAACGUGUUGGUGGAGAGGCAUAUGGACGAUCAGAUGAAAGUGCACAGAUGGACUCAAAGGACAAUGGUCCUCAUUAUACAAUUCAAGGAGUUCUGCAUUUCCUGCAAACAGAAUGGACACGCCUGGAGAUGCAACGUUCUCAGUGGGAAGUGGAACGAGCAGAGCUACAGGCACGAAUAGCAUUCCUUCAAGGCGAACGUCGUGGACAGGAGAAUCUCAAACAAGACUUAGUACGACGUAUUAAAAUGUUAGAGUAUGGUUUGAAACAAGAGCGUGUCAAAUUUCAUCAAUAUAAAGCAUCAAUUGCUGCUGGUAACGCAUCACCUCAUGCAGUCAGACAAUCAGGCAAUCAGGAGUCGACUAAUCCUCCAACGGAUGCUAAGGCUGAACUAGCCACUACCGCUGCUACGACAAAAACUGUUCUUGAACCACGAGAAAAACUUGCUCAGUUCACAGAGCAAACAUUAGAAAGUAAUGUCAAGUGGCGAGAGAGUCGGUUACGUCUUAAACAGUUUCUUCAAGAAGUUGGUUAUGCCGACGCUGUUCUCAGUGUUCGUGAGGCACGUGUUCGCCAACUGCUACUGUCCGCCGCCGGUUGGCCAAAUGAAUCUGACUUGCCGCUAUCAGGACUGGAUUCAAAGAAUAAGCCAAACUUCUGGCCUUUUGAUAAGGCUAAAUCAAAGGCAGGCGAUAAUUCAAACCUGCAUGAUGAACAAGCUAAGAACGCACUGGCUGAGAUAGAAGAUGCUGUCCGAUCAGCACAAGAUUUUCUUUCACCCAACGAUAAUUUAGGCAUGAAUAAUGAGUUAGGUGACCGGUCGACGCAGCCAGAUACUACAGGGAAUUCAUUAGCGGGUUGUGAGGAUAAUUCUGAAUCGUAUGAUUCAUCAGGUUGGGUGAAUCGUUUUCGUCGGACUAAUGAUACAUCGAAGCGCAGACCGCAAGAUCAGUCAGAUUAUGUUCAAGAAGAUGAACCAAAUUCAAAGAACACCACUUCAAGUACCACAGUGUCAUCAUUUCUAAAUAGUUUGGGUGAGGUUGGCAGUGCAGGACAGUCGAAACGAUUUGGUCGCAAACAUGCAGUGGAUUCAAAUAUUCUGGAUCUGAUCAAUGCAUUAUCAGAUAAGGUGGAUGACAAUGAUAAUUUUUUAUCUGAGAUUAAUUCAACGGCUGCUGCUACCGCUGCCUCAGCAGCAGCUCAGAAUGCUUCUUCUGCUAUGCCAAAUCAUAAAUUAUUGAAUACACCAAUUCAAAAUAGUAGUAGUGGUACUAGUACCUUUCUAACAGAUCCUAGCAUUUCGGAUUCUACUGGUGUCGGUACAAAGGGGAUUAGUCGUUUAGAUUCAGGUAAAGAUGCUAGUGCAGCUGAUCGUUUGGGACUUGGUGAUUUAGCUGGUCUAACUGUCAUCAAUGAAGUGGAUCCAUUAUUAAAUGGUGAAGUUUGUGAUUUAAACACGACGACAUUACCUACAAGUAAUUAUGAUCCAACUAUUUCUGGUGGUCAUGAGGCACAUACCGAUGUGCUGCAUGGAGCUAGUUCCACAUCACCCUUAUCGACUGGACGUCGACCAUGGAUGCCAAAGUAUACACUUCGGGGACAUUUCGACGGGAUCAGGAGUGUGGCAUUCCACCCAACUGAACGUGCUGUUUACACAGCUAGUGAAGAUGGGUGUGUUAUGUUAUGGGAUUUAUUGAAAAGUGGAGCUUCUGGCACAACUGUCUCCCCAGGGAAAAUAUUUGGUUUCGUUGCUCAAUCGGCUGCAAUUGAUGAAUUAAGCCCAGUUGUUGUUUAUUGGGGUCAUAAAGGCCCUGUCCUCUGUCUUGCUGCACCAAGUCCAGCGCUUGCACCAACACUGAGUACAACUAUCGUUUAUUCAGGCGGUCUGGAUGGUACUGUCCGUGGAUGGCGUCUACCGUCUACUGCUGUUGCAUCAGGUAGUCUUUCAUCGAUCGAUUUGCACGCACCCCAAGAGUUGGAUGUGGUAACUGGUCCAGUUUUUAGCAGUUCAUCUUCUCCAGUUUGGUCGAUUGCAUUACACCCAUCUAGUCCACUGUUGCUUGCUGCUCAUGCGAAUGGUUCAAUUGAUUUUUGGUCUACAGUGGUGGAUUCCUCUGAUAAUAAUGCUUCACCAAGUACUCCAGUUCUUUCUGUCCACUUGGAUCGUCUUAUCCAGCCUACCAGUAAUUCUGAUCAACCUGAAUUUGGUCGUCCGACAUGUCUACACUUCUUGGUCAAUCGUCCAGACUCGCUGACUGCUUCACAGUGUGUUGUCGGCACAAGUACAGGCUGGUUGGUUUUGUUAGACGUUCAAACUGGUCAAGUGAUCAACCAAAUUCCACCUCCUCCUCCACUAUUGACUAAACCUGGUGAAGAUGAUCCGCUCAAUUUAGGUAAUAUCCCAGACACAGAUAAAUGUAACCUACCGUCAUCUGAUGAUUGGACUAAUCGUGCUGUCAAUGCAUUAGGUUCACAUCAGACUCUUUCUCUGGUUAUUGGUGCACAUGAAGAUCGGUGUGUUCGUUUCUAUGAUAUCAAUCGAAUGUCUGAUCGAUCAUUGACAACAAAUACAGCUUGUGUUGAUGCAAUGAUUACUCACUUGAAUGCUGUUACAAGUCUGGCUGUCGAUCCGCAUGGUUUGUAUUUGUUAACAGGAAGUCAUGAUGCUUCAAUUCGUGUAUGGGAUAUGGAGACACAUUCUUGUGUACAAGAGAUGACAAAUCAUGGUUUCAAGUACGAUGAAUCUGUUCAUUCAGUGGCACUACACCCACAACUCCCAUUAGCGGCUAGUGCUGGCGCCGAUGCUAUAUGCAAGAUUUAUGUGACAGCGCCUUAAUUCACUGGAAAAAGAAUCAGUUCAUGACUUCGUUUAUGUCAAACCAUGUUUUUUAUUCCGUAUUUCUUUUCUUUCCUCUUUAUUGGAAUGAUGUGAUGAUUCAUGGCGCAACUAUCAACAAAGAAGAUAUACUGAAUGUGAACAGAGUCAGUCAGUCAAUCAGCCAGCCAGCCAGUCGAUUCUCGCUCCUCUGUUCUGUUAUUGUUGCUGUUGGUGUCGAUUUGAUAUGAUAAACAACUUAUCCCGCCUCUUCCCCCACCUACUAGAAGUAGUGAUUGCAUGUUGAAAUGUGAUGAUGAUGAUGUGACCAUUGACAAUGACGAUAAUGAUAAUGUUAAAUGCAUAUCUAUCCUAUAUUACUCCCGAUCAAUCCACUCCACUCUUGUCUUCUUCUCUUCUGUGCUGGUUUUUCCAUCGUGACAUUAUCCUCCAGUGUCACACACACACACACACAAACAGACCGACAAAUAUAAACACGUACGCAUAUACACAUUGUUUUGCUGUUUUGUUCAGGUUCUGUUCUUUGGUUCUUUUUUCUCGGUUCACCCUGAUUAUUAUCAACAAUAAAAAAUUCAUUCAUUUGAUAAUGGAAUCAAUCAUAUUAAAUUGUUUUAAAUUGAUGAGUGGGUUUUGUCUGUGCCUUUGAGUGGGAGCGGAACCUUUUCAGCAUCAGUGCUUAUCAUCUAUCACCAGUCUAUGGGAUGAGAUUGCGUAGUUCUUCUGCACCGAUUGAUAAGAGAUGGGUUGGACAACACGUGUUACUUACGCAUGCUGCGAUCCUCAGGAAGCUAAGAAUCCAUGACUGACAAAUUUGCAUUGACUGCUUGUGUCAACUCGCUUAGCUUUAAGUCAUCAUGUUAUUUUUCAAUGUAAUUAUUCUGUUUCCCAUACAUUUCUGCUGGUGCAGCCUUUUUAAAUCAUCGGCUAGGCGUAACACAUUUCCUAACCAUCUCGAUCGGUGCAACUUCACAACGUGAUCGAUUGAUAUUCCUUCGUUACCUAACACUCGACCGAAGCCUAAGCUCAAUAUUACUCACCCACUCCACUAAGAUGUUCAUAUACCAUGUAGUUUCAUUUUAGAGAUUAUUUAACUUAUCAGGGUAGAUCGUUGUAAACGUAGUAUAAGUUUUCUUAUGUUCCGCUUGUAACGACAGAAGACAAGGUCCAGACAACAGAUCGUUUAUUGAGAAAAUCAAGAGAUAUUUAUAGAUUUUUAUAUACAUUAUUAUUAGCGUUAUUGUUAGCAGAGAAGCAACGUCUUCUGAUUGGUUGUUUUCUGGCUGAAGAUUAACCUGUACUGCUUGUGACCGUUUCUUGGAAAGUUAAGCCAUAUAUCUACGAAUCAAAAUUUCACACGUUAAGUCUGAUCAGUUGGUGAGUUCCUCGAGGUUAAGCUUUGUUAUUGUUUCUUCAAACGACCCCGAUUCGGGAGGUAAACAUUGACCUAAAUUGUUGUCUACAAAUUUUGGCUUGCAGACAGCUCUCACCAAACG